GCAGCAGUUUGUUUGUCGUGCGUUUGCUGGUUGCCAUGACGACGGCCAAGAUGGCAGCGAUGGUGGCUGAAGACGAACAUGCUGCUUCGGAAGUUUUGAGAGGACUCGCCCGACAAUUAAAUUGUCUAAACGAAGACAACAAAACUACGAGAAAGAGGGCUAUUGAGCACAUUAAAAGAGAGACUGUAGAUAAAGGACUUUCAAGCGGUGUUUUACAGGAAGUGUUCUCCGCUCUCCUCAAGCCUCUUCUCAAAUGUUUAUUAGAUCCGAUGGAGAGAUGCAGAGAGACUGCUAUAGCGGUGAUAACGGAGUUCAUUCGUUGUGUCCCUAAACCCGAGGAGUCGCUGCCUUAUCUCAUGCCGUGCCUGGCUCAGAGGCUCGGGGACAAAGAGAUCCUGGAGCCGGCGGAGGAGCUUCGUCUGCUUACUGUGGAGAUGCUGACUCUGAUUGUGGAAGUGUGCGGAAAACACCUAGUGCCUUACGUAAGCGAGAUGAUCACCAUUCUGCAAAGAGCCAUCGUCGAUCCGUUUCCUGAUGUCAAAAGAGAAAGCUGCAAGUGCACGGUGAAGUUUGCAGAGUGUGUGCCCGAACACUUUCACAUGCAGUCUGAGUCUCUAGUCAAGCCUCUCAUGCAAACGAUUGCUCAUCAACACUCCCGAGUUCGAGUGUCUGUCAUUGAAGCCACCGGGGCAGUCAUUCAGCAUGGCACCGGGAAAAAUGUAGAUGACGUUCUUUCUCACCUGGCACAGAGACUGUUUGAUGACUCUCCACAGGUGAGGAAAACUGUCACUGCAGUGGUGGGCAACUGGCUUCUACACAUGAGAGACCGAUACUCCUAUUUCCACAAACUCAUUCCACUCCUGCUGAGCAGCAUUGAUGACGAGAUCCCAGAAAUACGACUUCUAGCAGUUGAUUUGUGGAGGCAAGUAGGCUUGCAGUGGGAGAAGGAGAACGAGGACGACAUCAAGGACAAGCUAGACUUCCUCCUCACCCCACCUCCCUUCUACCCAGCAGGAGUUGAGCGUCCAGGACUGGGCUGCAGAGAGUUGGUGGUGAGAAACCUCGGAAGGCUUGUGCCGGCCAUUACCCACGAUGUAACCGACUGGCUGGUGCCCACGCGGAUCAGGACCUCUCAGCUGCUGUCUGUGCUGUUGCUCCACGCCGAGGACCACAGCACGCAGCAUCUGCAGCCUCUGCUCGCCACCCUGUACCGUGCCUGCACCGACACAGAGAAGGAUGUGGUCAGCAAUUGCCUGGCAGCUGCUAAACUAUUGGGGACGUUUGUCCCUCCUGCCGUCUUCCUUAAGCUGCUGCUGGAUCACGUGACCACCCCCUACUCUUCCUCGCACCCUUGGGCGCCCCUGAUGGUCCUGGCUGCAGUGCUGGGAGGCUGUUCCAGACCUCUCCUUAAACCACAUCUCCAGCAGAUCACCAGCACACUGUCCCAGCCUGAUGUCUGCCAGGAAUACCAACAGGUCUCGUACUUGGAGCAGUUGUUGGCCUGUGUGGAUGUGCUGCUGCGUCAGUGUGAGUCAGACUGCGGCUCGGUCAGCCUGCAGCUGCUGCAGGUGCUAGUCACCGUCCAAAGUCUGUCCACGGAGCCGAGUCUCAGCGAAAAGGCUGUGGAAAGUGUGCAGCGCUUGUGUAAGGUGCAGGACCUGGCCUCUGCCACGGAGCUCUAUAGACGACAUAUGAUCCAGCUGCUGGACUGGCUGGCUGCCUCGGUCAACACCUGGUCCAGUUACUCCCCACAGAGACUCCAACUGCAUAUCAUAGUCAUGCAAUCAGGUCCGGCGAUAGGGGAGUUUACAAGCCAGCUGAUGCCUCUGCUUCAGAGCUGCCUCCAAGCAGACAAAGACCCGGAAAUGAGGAUGAGCAUCUUCACCAUGCUUGCCAAGCUGUUAAUAGAUUCAGGCAACACGCUGGAUUCCCAGGGACGUUUCCGUGAGGAGUCAGAGAGGUUCCUGUGUGACACCGUGCUCCCUAACCUGGUGUGGCACCCAGGUCGCGCCGCCGGCGCCGUCCGCACCUCGGCCCUCAGCUGCCUGCUGGCCCUUCUGCACGGGGGGGCGAUCACACCUGGACAGCUGCUGUGUCUGGAGGAGAAGCUGAGGCCCCAGGUUCUGUCGGCCCUGGAGGAAGACUCUCAGACGGGCAGACUUAUGGCUUGUCGCUCCCUGACAACGAUGCUGAGGCUCAUCGGCACCAGUCUGCAGCAGGACGUCCUCAACAAGAUCUAUCCCGAGCUGCUGAAACGUCUGGACGACAGCAGCGGGGAGGUGCGAGGCGCGGCUCUGCAGACUCUGGGUCAGUGGCUGUCCAGCCUGACCGGCGACUACGACCCGGAGCUCUGCGCUCCUCAUCUGCAGCUCCUGUUCCAGCAGCUCCUCCUGCAUCUGGACGACCCCGACCCGUCGGUGCAGGGCCGAGUAUUCGAGAUCCUGAAGAAGGGCAGCGCUGUCCACCCAUCACUUCUGCAGAGAGAACUGGAGGCCGCGAGGCACAAACAGCGGAGUCCCCGCUACUGUGACCAGCUGCUCCAGCACAUCAGCUCCCUGCCCCGAGUGACGUCACACCAACGAGCCAACGAGAGGCUGACGCUUGAGACUUAACUGAACUUCGUUAAUUGACUUCACUGGAAUGGUGAAGCGUUAGAGAGUUGAUCUGAAACCCAUCGGUUCGAGAUUCAGUGGCAGCCGUUUCCAGCAGGACCUUUUUUCAUAACAUGUUGCUUUUUUACCAGUUUUAGAUUUUCAUCAAUUUUAUGUCACAUUUUGUGUUCACGUAUUUAGAGAGACCCUGGAUAAAAUCUUUACCCACACACUGUUUAGUUAAGAUGAAUGGUAUGAUUUCGUGUCUGUGUGUCUUAUUUUCAUUUUGUUGUAUAUUGUAUAUACACAAUAGUUAAAUCAUUACAUGUGAGAAUAAACAAAUGUACAACAAU